AUGAGAGCGACCUAUAGGGAUAUCAUCGAGGUUGAUAAGAAACGCCAGUUAGUGGAUCUGGACUACGCAAGAACAGUAUGCGCGGAACCAGGCUUUUAUCUAUUUGAUGAAGAGUUUCGAUCUGUUCUGGGCUUGUCUCCUGAAUUGACAUGCCUUGAGACGCGGGAUUUUCGAUUUGCACAUGAAGCUGGGGUUUACCACAGGGAGACAGACUCCAUAUACUUUACGUCGAAUUACAGCGCUGGCAACCCCAUAAAGCUUUACCGGGUCCAUUGUGAAUCUUACGAGGUUGAGGAGCUGGAUUACUCCGGGGUGAUUCAAGCAAAUGGUGCUUGUCAGCACAAAGGCAACAUCCUCUAUUGUGCUCAGGGCGAUCUCACGCAUCCCUCGUCACUGAUGGAAGUCAACCCAGUCACAGGUGAAACUAAAACCCUAAUCAAUAAUUUCUUUGGGAGAGAAUUCUCUUCAAUAAAUGACGUUGUUGUGCAUCAUGAAACAGGUGACAUAUGGUUUACCGAUCCUACUUACGGAUUCGAGCAAGGAUUCAAAAAAGAGCCCGUGCUCCCAAAUCAGGUGUACAGAUUCAGUCCUGAGACGGGUGAACUCUGCGUGGUUGCAGACCAGUUUGAUAUGUGCAACGGACUCUGUUUCAAUCAUGAUUAUACGAAAAUGUAUGUUACCGAUACUGGGGCAGUCAAGAUGGAUAAAGAGAAGGGAAUUUUCACUCACAAUCCCAAAAACCCAAGCGUUAUUUACGAAUAUGACGUUGUUGAUAGCAAGCGAUUAUUCAACAAACGAGUCUUUGCAUUCUGUGAUGAUGGAAUCCCAGAUGGCAUCAAAUGCGACAUCCAUGGCAACGUGUACUCAGGAUGUGGUCAUGGCAUUCACGUUUGGAAUGCAGCUGGGGCUCUUAUAGGAAAAAUCAUUACUGGGGAGGUUUGUGCUAACUUCUGUUUUUCUGCAAGCGGGAUGUGGAUAUUCUCAGAGUUUCACUUAUUUUUUUGCAGUUUGGCUACCAGAGGAGCCUUGGUGAAUGUUGAGUGCUACUGA